AUGCAUAACCAACCGGCGAUUUCACUAGCUACCACAAAAUCACGGGAACACCAUUGUGCGACGAUUCCUCCUCCUGGUCCUUAUCUUUUCCUCGAUUUCCCCUGUCCCCUACCUCAUAUCAGCAAGUUGUUAAGUCUGCAGGUCACGAAUUCAUUGCUAGGGCAGCAGUCUUCGUAUACACGACUCACAUCUCUAUUGCUCCUCUUUUUGUCACUGCUAACAUCUUCCACUCUUGCAAAUUAGCCACAAGAAGUUGAAUUUAAUAGUCUUGGUCAGCAUUGUGGCGCUAAUCAAAAUAAGUUUGCCAAUGACUGCGGGGCUGUUACGAGAAAGUUAAUUUCUAUCGAAUAUCCGACUUGGAAAAAAGUGCCAGCAAAUGAAAAGGAGAACUUAUGGUUGACCAUCAAGAAACGUUGGAAUAUCCAUGGUGAAAACCGCAAAGCAUAUGUGCUUAUGACUUGCAACCACAAGUGGAGAUCAUACAAAAAGAGGCUUAAAAAAAUUUUCUUGGUCAAUGAGAAUGAGAGAAAUCCACUUGAAACCUACUCAUAUCUGGAAAAGACAGCAUUGCAAAAAUUUAAGGAAAGGAUAUCAUCAAAGGAAUUCCAGGAUAUAAGUGAGAAAGCAAGGAUUAGUUCAAUGUGUAAUACGAAUCCAGCCCGAGUAGGCCCACAUGGUUAUUGGGGCAACAAACCUAAGUGGGAACAAGAGAAGGCAGCGGGGUCAAAAAUAAUACCACAUAACAUGGAACCCAUAGUAAAAAAGCUUAUAGAUGUUCAAAAAGAAAUAUCCAAUGGUGAUUUGUUGUCGGGUCCUGGAGAAGAUUUGUUGACUAUGGCAAUAGGACCGGAGCAUCCUGGUGGCACUAAGGCGGUGGGGCAUGAUAUCGGCUUAAGAAAGGGGAUGCAAGGACUUGACAAAAAAAAAGGAAAGCCGUGGACAAAGAACUUGUUAGUCCAGUUAGUUGAAACUGUGACCCAAUUGGCAGAGUUAAGAACAUUGCUUGCGAUGCAAGUGUCUAGGAACCAAGUCCCAAAUAAUGUAUGCUUCGGUGUUCAAAACAAUAGGCCUGGCUCGACGUCGACAUUGGAUGGUUUAGAUACGAUAAAGGUUAUUACUCAUUGUGAUUUGAUGUUACCUUAUCGUGAUAUGAACCAAAAAUUUGCCAGAGGGAUGGUCUUUCCUUAUAGUGAUGGGUUAAUUCACUCAGUUCCUUUACGCGAAAAUCACUUGAAGGUUAUGAUUGACAACAUAGAUGAAAGAUAUAAAGGUAUUCCUGUUCCUGUGAUGACAAAUGAAGUUGGUAUCCUAGAAGAUGCAGUUGGCACGGUAAUUCAAUGGCUGCGGACCGCAAUUGUUCUUAGUAAGGAACAACAAAGCAAGGUGCCAUUACAACAACAAAUUCAGACCACAAGUGCGCGACCAUCAACUGCAAAGGCUGUUAUGGAAAAAAAUAUGCCUAACCAAAAGAUCAACAAACCAAGGCCAAUAGAAUCACUUCGUGACCUUUUGAAGACCAACCUAGUGGUUCAUGUGGUAGCCGAUGCUGGACAUCUAGAAGCUGGGGCGUUUGAUUUUUCAGUUACAUAUGAAGAUUAUUAUCGUUUGUUGAAAAAACAAACAACUAAUUUGUCCAUCAUAACAACUUGGCAGAUCCUUCUACACUUAAUGCUUCAGAAACGCAUGGGAAAGUGUGCUUUCCUAAACCCGUAUAAGAUUCUUGGAAAAGCCUGUCAGGAAACUCCGAUUGAUGUCGUCAAUUAUCUUGUUUGAUUCAAAGGAAAAAAAAGGUUUGAUGAGAGUUCAAGUAGUGAAAAAGUUUGAUUUACAGUUGAAGAGAAUUUUAGAGUUAAUUAUUUCUUAUACAUUGUUGAUCAAGUUAUUUCUUCUCUUGAGACAAAAUUUGAACAAUUCAAAGAGUAUGAAAAAGUAUUUGGUUUCUUAUUUCCAUAUAAUUUGAGGGGAAUUGAAGAUAAAAAUCUUAAAUUGUCUUGUCAUCAUCUUGAAAAAGCACUCAAGUUUGAAGAAAGAUCGGAUAUUGAUGCCGAUGAACUUUAUACAGAGUUGAAAUUAUUUUAGACUUUGGAAACCAAUGAAUUUAGCAGCCCUGUAGAUGUUUUAAAGUUUUUGAAAAAACU